GAGACUUUGGCGGACACGCUCGCACCGUGCACGACGCGCCUGCUGCAAGCCUUCGUUGGAGGCACCGGGCAGGCUCGACACGGCGAGCGGCUUGCGCAGCGCCUGGCGGAUAGCCACGGCGAUGUCGCCGUUCGUGAUGUAGCGUGCGUGGGCGCUUGGGCGCAGGUCGACUGUGAGGUGCUCGAAGGGGAAUGGGAAUGUCAGCCGGAUGUGUCGCAGGCGCUCAGGGUCCGGAUCAAAUGCGGGGCUGGACAGGUCCUUGAAAUGAGACUGUGUGAGCGGGAGACCGAGCGCAGGCCCAACGAUCGAGGCGGGCAACGAC